AUGGCGACAAACUCGCUUGCAGAGUUUGUGACGCUCGUCUCUAGUGACGGCUUCGAAUUCAUCCUCCCUCGCAGCACGGCGUGUAUAUCAGGAACAAUCCGUCGAAUGCUUGAGCCUAGCAGCAAAUUCUCGGAAGCGUUGACGGGUCGCUGUGUUCUUGAAAACAUCACAGGCGUCGUUCUAGAGAAAGUCUGCGAAUAUUUCUGCUAUAAUGAGAAGAACAAAGAUCAAAGCAAUGUGCCGGAUAUGGAUAUUCCGCCGGAGUUGUGUUUGGAAUUGUUGAUGGCGGCUGAUUAUUUGGAUACAUAG